CAUCUCUACCGUAUUACUUAAAUAUGCAUUUAAAAGUAAUUUGUCACAUCACGUCUUAUCUUAAAUUCUUGGGUCAUUCUGCCAUUUAUGUGUGUAUACAGCGGAGUAAACCUUGAGAUAAGACUAUACGACCUCACACGUAGACGUAAUAAGUCCCAUUAUCACCUCGCUUCUUCUCUCCAGUCACAGAGGCGCACGAUGGGAAGACUUUGGACUUUGGAAACGCGCAUGUUGUGACAAUAUUUUUUUAUUAAAGGGCCGUCGCUCGUAUCUGGUCACGCUCCUGGUUCGUACUCGACACCGGUGCGCUUACACAAAGUUGUCUUGGGCUUCAGAACAAUUUACAAAAAAAAAUCAGAGCCAUGCGGGUUGCUGUUCUGGUCUUACUGCUGAGCAUUUCCAGGGGCUCUCUGUCUCAGGACAAACUCAACAUGUGCAUGGACGCCAAACACCACAAAGUGAAGCCUGGCCCGGAGGGUAAACUUUACCUUCAGUGCGCCCCGUGGCGCGACAACGCGUGUUGCACAGCCAACACCAGCGUCGAAGCCCACGACGACAACUCCUACCUGUACAACUUCAACUGGAACCACUGUGGCGGGAUGAGCCCGAAGUGCAAGAAGCACUUUGUCCAAGACACCUGCUUCUAUGAAUGCUCACCACACCUGGGGCCCUGGAUCCAAGCGGUGGAUCAGUCCUGGCGCAAGGAGCGAAUAUUAAACGUACCUCUGUGUAUGGAGGACUGCCACGAGUGGUGGGAGGACUGCAAAGACGAAGUCACGUGUAAGGCCAACUGGCACAAAGGAUGGGACUGGAGCUCAGGGAUUAACCAAUGCCCCAAAGGCAGCAAGUGCAGGAAGUGGACCGACGUGUACCCAACGCCCAAGUCCAUGUGCGAACAAAUCUGGUCUCAAUCCUACCUCUAUACGACGCACUCCAAAACAUCAGGGCGGUGCAUGCAGCUGUGGUUCACCGGGCCGAACCCCAACACUAAAGUCGCUGAGUAUUACAUCAACGGCGCUCGGCGACAGAGCAGUUUUUCAGUCGCGUCGCUGCUCUUGCUGGCGACGUCGUCGCUCUCUGCCCUCAUCUAAACAGAUCGGGCCUUCUUCCUUGC